AUGGCUGUGGUUAACGCAGUUGCAUGUUUGAGCACCAAAAGCCCAUCAAUGGCGAUUCAUCAUCAUCAUCAUCAAGUGGGUUCAUUGGAGAGAGGAGGAAAUACUCUCUCUUCGUCGAAAAUGGGUGUGAUGAUUGAUCGCUGCAGGAAUAUGAAUAAUGUUAAGUAUUAUAAGAACACCAUUCGCCCAAAGUAUGAUAAUAAUAGUAAUAAGUAUUGCAUAAGGUGUUUGAAAGGGCACAUCCAGAUUGCGCCGCCGGCGGUGCUGGAGAAGCUGCUCAACGGAGGGGCAGUUCCCACCGCUCCGGCGCUUCAGCCCGCCGUCAUCCCCCAACCCAAAACCCUAGUCACCAGAAAAGACUUCCCCCCCGAUUUCAAGUUUGGCUGCUCCACUUCCGCCCUCCAGACAGAAGGAGCUGGAGAUGAAGGAGGGAGAGGAGCCAGCACUUGGGACAGCUUUAUCCAAGAUGGAAAGGGUGACACGGAUGUUGCUGUUGAUUCUUACAAUCGCUACAAAGAUGAUGUACAACUUUUGAAGAAGAUGGGCGUCGACACCUAUCGAUUCUCCAUUGCUUGGCCAAGGAUUCUUCCAUAUGGAACAGUGAGUGGUGGAAUAAACCAAGAAGGCAUUGAUUUCUACAACAAGUUCAUUGAUGAACUAAUAAAGAACGGGAUAACUCCAUUUGUGACACUCUUCCAUUUCGACUUACCACAAGUAUUGCAGGACGAGUACAAAGGCUUCUUGAGCAGUCAGAUUGUGGAUGACUUCAAAGCCUAUGCAGACCUCUGUUUCAAAACUUUUGGGGACCGAGUGAAGCACUGGACAACCAUCAAUGAGCCUCAAGUGUUUGGGCAGUAUGGCUAUAAAGUUGGAAUGGCCUCUAACCCUAAUGCAAAUCCUGCAACUGACCCUUUCCUUGCUUCCCACCACAUCCUAUUGGCACAUGCUGCUGCUGCUAAGCUCUACAAACAAAAUUAUCAGGAUAGUCAAGGUGGGGAGAUUGGGAUAUCAAUAGUGACUCAGUGGUUCGAGCCACAUGGGCUCACACGGCUCGAUGGAGAAGCAUCUGAGAGAGCAUUUGAUUUUUUGGUUGGAUGGUUUAUGGAACCAUUGAUGUUUGGGGAUUACCCAUUUAUAAUGAAAGCUCUUGUGAGAGAUGGGCUGCCAGCUUUUACAGAGGAGGAGAAGGAUUUGGUAAAAGGGUCUUUUGAUUUCAUAGGGAUCAAUUACUACACUUCCAGAUAUGCACUCUCUCUCCCCAUAAGCCCUGACACUGAAUACACCAGCUAUGAUCAGUUCCAGCAUGUUGAGUUGAAAGUCGACAGAAAUGGAAAGCCCAUUGGUGAGCUGGCACCUGGGAGUGAUGCCAUUUAUGUGUAUCCACAAGGGCUAAAGGAUGCUCUGGUCUACAUAAAGAAACAGUACUGCAAUCCCAAAAUGUACAUUACAGAAAAUGGUUAUCCGGAGAAAAGAGACGACACGAUGCUGACUGAGACUGCCCUGCAGGAUGAUGCCAGAAUUCAACACAUUCUUAGUCAUCUAUAUGCAGUUUCAGAAGCCAGGAAGCAAGGGGCAGAUGUUGAGGGGUACUUCAUGUGGGCUCUAAUGGACUGCAUGGAAAUGGGUUCGGGUUACGAAGUCCGAUUCGGGCUUAGCUACACAGAUUACCUCAACAACUUGAACCGGGUCCCCAAGAAGUCUGCAAGGUGGCUCAACUCGUUCUUGGGUUCAUCCAAGUGA